AUGCACUCGGAUCUCCCGCUCGCCCUCUUCGUCCUGCUUUGCUCUCUCAGCAUCGUCGCCUCUAUCCCAACAUGGGAAGGCAUGAACGGCAGGUCUUCCAUCGGAUCCCUUAUUCCAGGUGCUUCGAACAUCCGAGCCCUGGGACCGGCGAUCUCCCAAACCAUGCCUCAACACCUCACAGUCCAUGUUCCAGGCCAAUUGGGAAACCUCACAAUUUCCCCUGAGAACGUUGGACCGCCACUGUUCUUCCAAACCCCACCACUGUUCUACAUCAACAGGAACAAACUCUGGUUACUCGUGAACGAGACCACCGUGUUCCCCGUCAACAUCCGUAAUAUGACUGGAACCCAUGAUCUGCCAAUGCAGUUAGUUCUAGGAAAGAAGACAGAAGGGAUCACGUACGGAAGCUGGCGAUGGCAAACGACGAUGCUGUAUUACGAUGUACCAGGAGGGAGAUCUAAUGAUGGCAUUUAUUAUCUCUGCCGCACGGAGAGUGGGUUGCAAAACAUAUUCAUGACCACCGUUCCGAGCCCGACACCCCCUGGAUGUGGCAUCACGACUCUGCAUAGUUUCAUCCGGGCCGGCAUGAAAGAUCGCCGUCGUACACUAUGA